AUGCCCAGGAUGAUUCUGGAGGCCUGGGCAGGACAUGAAGCCUUGACACUGGUCAACACGUAUGGUGUGACCGAGUGCUGCGUCUACAACGCUUUUCGUUUGAUGCACUCCGAGGACCUGCCCAGCUUGGUUGGCUUGCCCUUGCCUGGAAACCAACUGCUCCUUCUUCCGCAGGACCAGGAUGCUGGCAGCCUACAGCAUGACCUCUCGCAUUGCGUGGAGGGCCUGGAGGGUGAGCUGAUCAUUGGCGGUGCCCAGGUUGGGGAAGGCUAUUUGAAUCGCAAGGAGCUGACUGCGAGGCAUUUCCAAGACCACCCUAGACAUGGGCGGGUCUACCUCAGUCGAUGCUAG